GCUAUAUAAGAUGCAGGCGAGCAGAGUCCCUCAAUCAGAUGUGCGGGAUCCGGACUUUACAGCGAGAGACGGCUCCCACCGCCGCCGAACCACCAGCACUCUCUCACCGUGGGAAAGACACCCAGCAGCCGGCCAGCAGCACCUGAGCUGGACGCUGUGGCGGAGCUGUGAGGAUAGGAAAAUCUAAUAACAAGAGAAGGUUAUUUUUUUUAGCCCUUACUCUACUAUAAAAGCGAUGACAACCCAGUAAGACUUGAACAAGCAGGGCUACCAGCUGUUCCACCGCCUUGUCUCUCUAUCACAUCUCCUGGAGACAGUGAGGACAGACAGACUUCCAGCAGAAAGACAGGCUUGUUUAACUUGAACAACCCCGGGGAUUGAUCGUCUUAAUAUCCCCAACGGGCCAAACUUCCACGGCCAACUAUGUAUCGCUCGACCAAGGGAGCGUCCAAGGCUCGCCGGGACCAGAUCAACGCGGAGAUCCGGAACCUCAAGGACUUGUUGCCCAUCACCGACGCCGAUAAAGCGCGGCUGUCCUACCUGCACAUCAUGUCACUGGCGUGCAUGUACACCAGGAAAUCCGUCUUCUUCAGCGAAGAAUCGGGAACUGCCAUGAGUCUCGAGGAGAGCGCGAGAUUUCUGUCUUUCCACGAGCUGUCGGAGUUGGUGCAGGCGCUGCCCGGGUUUCUAAUGCUGGUGAGCGGGGAAGGCAAGCUGCUGUACCUCUCGGACAGCGUGUCCGACCACCUGGGACACUCAAUGGUGGAUUUGGUUGCUCAGGGCGACAGUGUCUACGACAUCAUCGAGUCUACGGAUCACUUCGUCAUGAGGAACAACCUCACCAACGUCUCCAACCUCGACCAAGACCGCCUCUUCCGCUGUCGCUUCAACACCUCCAAGUCGGUCCGCCGUCAGAGUGCCGGCAACAAGCUGGUCCUGAUCCGCGCGCGCUGCCUGGCAACGCCCCCCUCCACCUCAGCCUCCACCUCCACCUCCACCACCACCUCCUCCACCUACUGGACCUCCAACCCCGUCUGGGUGUGCUUCUGCUCCCCGCUGGAGCCCCACCCCGCCCGCUCGGGGGGGCCCGGGGCGGAGCUGUCCCCCGUCCCCCCCCCGCCCCAGCCCGGCCCCCAACCCCAUCCCGCCGAGGGCAACUUCUUCCUGGCCUGCUUCUACUCCCUGCACGGCCGCGACAUGAGGCUCCAGGACGCUCAGGACAGUGUGAGCUCCUAUCUGGGCUUUGAUGCGGCGGCGCUACGCUCCCACUCCUGGUACAGCCUCCUGCACCCCCAGGAUCUGUCGCACGCCUCGGCUCAGCACCGCAGCCUACUGAGGGAGGGCGGCGAGGGCCGAGCGGAGAUGGUGGUGCGGCUGCAGGCCGAGGACCAGUCGUGGGUGUGGCUGUACAUGGUACUGCAGCUGGAGGCCGGGGGGGACAGCCCCAUCAGCAGCAACAACUACAUCAUCAGCGAGGCGGAGGCGUGGUCUGUGCGCCAGCAGCUCAGCUCGGAGCACACCCAGCUCAGCCUGGUCCUCAGCACCGGCACCUCCCAGCCCGAGGGCCUCAGCCUGCAGUCCCCCGAGACCCUGUCCAGCCCGGACCAGGUGUUCACCCCGGGCAGCAGCGGCCUGUCGGGCCAGUCCUUCGACUUCAGCACGGCGGGCUGCAGCGUGGGCUCCUCCGACGAGCCGGCGGCCAGCGGCAGCAGUGCCGCCGAGCCCAUGCAGCUGGGCGAGGGAGACCCCCGCUCCAGCCUCUCCUCCCUGGAGGAGGACAGCUUCUUCCACUCGGCCGCCGCCGCCGCCGCCGCCGCCCCGGAGCCCGGCGCCUCGGCCGCCGCCUCCCCCACCCCCGUCACCGUCGCCACGGUGACCGACAUGGACUUCCUGGCGCAGAACAUCCUCCUCCCCUCGGCCUUCCAGCUGGACACCCCGCUGCCCGCCCUGCCCCUGCCGCUGCCCCCCAUGCCCUCCCCCCCCCCCCAGGCCCAGCAGACCAAGGAGUUUGUGUGCACGCCGCCCUACACCCCCGGCCUGGGCGGGGCCAGCUUCCUGUUCGGCGACCCCCUCUUCAGCUUUGACCCCGCGGGCGCCACCACGCCGCCGCUGACCUCGGCCGCCUCCACCUCCAUGGGCCCCUCCGUCUCCCCGUCCGCCCCCACCACCAGCUCCUCCAGCACCCCUCCCCCCGCCACUACCCCCACCACCACCACCACCAGCACCACCACCCUGUCCGCCAAGCUGCCCCUGGCCAUGCCGCUGCCGCCCAGCAGCGAGCUGCUCUUCCCCGCCGAGCCUUACAACGCCGCCCUCUACGAGAAGCUGCCGCCCACCCCCGACAGCCCCGGGGACGGCGACUGCACCGUGAUGACCCUGCCCGAGGUGCGGGGCCCCCUGUACGUAGACGUCCCGCUGGGGCCCCUCCACUACCCCCCCGAGGGCCUCCUGACGCCCGAGGCCUCGCCCGGCAAGCAGUCCGGCCUGGCCUUCUUCUCCCUGGAGCGGGAGCGGGAGAAGGAGCGACUGGAGAUCUCCCUGCUGGCGCGCCACAUCAGCACCCUGGCCGAGGGCUUCUACCUGGACCCGCUGCUGUCCAAGCUCUCCCCGCCCUCCAUGUCGCCCUCCUCCUGCCCCCCCUCCCCCGUCCUGGACGUCUCCGAGGCCGAGUCGGCCCACGCGCUCGGGGAGCUGUACCCCAUCAAGGCGUGGCGGGGGCUGGACGUGCCCAUGUUCCUGGACGACGACGAGUCUCUGUUUGAGGAGAACCUCCUCGAGACCCUGAUCCACGACUUCACCGCCGCCCCGCCGCCCCUCUCGCCGGGCCUCUGCUCCCCCGACCUGCACUGCCCCUCCCCGAGCCCCUCCAGCCCCUCCUCCCCGCAGCAGCCCCACCCCCCCGCGUGCUGGCUCCAACCCUCCUCCUUCUUCGAGGGGGCGGGUCACCACUUCUGUAGCGUCCAAUCGGCGCACCCUAGCGCCGCGGGCGAGCCGGCGGCGGGCGGGGAGGGGUCGGACCGCGAGGAGCCGAUGGAGAUCGAGGUGAUGUCAUCUCCGCUGUCCUCCUGCUCGUCCAUCCCGGCCUCCCCUCCCCUGGUGCUCACCGCCUCGCCCAUGGCCUCCCCGGCCUACUGCGCCUCGCCCCGUGGCUCGCCGGCGCCGGCCACGUCCUGCACCCAGUCCCUCCUGGAGGAGCUGGCUGUCCUGGAACCCAUGUUUGGGGCAGGUGCCUCGAUCGCCCCUGGCUUAGGGCAACAACCUGAGUUGUAUCAACUCCAGUGUCACCCAUCGCCGCAGUGCUUCCACCAAGAUGGGAGUGGAAGUGUUUCUCCGUUCUAAAAUAAGUCUGUGACUUACUUCAUUAAGUAUGGCAUAUUGUCAUAUUUUGUGGAGACACCUUUUACUGAAAAGUAAAAAAUAAUUAAGUGUAUAAAUAUACAUAAUGUAUAUACAACUUAAGGACUUUAACUCCUUCAUGUCUCCUGGGAACAAAGAUGAGCUUUCUAUAUUUUGGUUCGAGUCAGUAUUCUGUGUAUUACUACGACGUUACCAUGGCGUUGCCUCUUCGUGGGCCCAUCACUGACUGAGUUUUGGGUGCAUGCGGUACUACCCAGCUUCUACUUGUACCACGAGCUUCAGAUAACAGACAGAGAGAAACUCCUCUGAACGUGUAAGCGCUGUUUAACUUUAACCGGACGCGCAUUUGUAUUCACUCGUAGUGAAAAAAAGCAAAAAAUAUCUGUUGUGAACAAAAAGAUUCUUGCUAGCUCUGUAGGGGGAAUGAUAUAUAACAGCGAUGCCUGACCGGCAGCUACGCAAACACAAGCCUCAAAUGUACUAGUAACAUGUUUACAGAUUCUCCAACACACUUCGGGCUUGCUAACCACUAUCGAUGACUCGCAUGUUACAGUUUGACGCCUUGUCACGACGUCAAUCAAAUUCCAAGAGCCAUUUCUGCUCUGAUUCUUUCUAUACUCAAACACACUGCAAAAAAAAAACACGCACAAAAUGGAGAAUCAACCCAAAAAGCCACUACACUUUGAGGUUUGAGUUUGCUGGCGCUGCCAUCCUUUAAUGUUUCAUAUGUAUCUCCAUCUUAAGACUUGUGUAUCAAUAGUGACGUGCAAUGAAACAAUCAAACAAAAAACACGGAACAUCUUUAGAAGCAUGUGAAGAUCUCCAGAAUGUUCCAUGUUUCCAUGGAUACAAUCGACGGAACACAGCGGGAGUCACAACCGGCGAGGUGACCCCCCGCCACGGCUGGACUCUGAAAAGUGGGGUGGCCAGGUUUCCAACUCCUGGCUUCAAGACAGGUGACAGACAUGUGGCUGGAUAUUCUUGCAGCAUCAAUAUUUGCAAUGCUGGCAGCUUAUAGCGGCCAUCUCUCUGACCGCCCUGACCGGGCAGUGACCUGGUGAACUCUGAACUCUCUCUUUAUGACCCACGUCCGUUCCCAAUGGACACGCGGCAUCGACGCUCCUCUGGAGUGUGGUGUGUAGUCUGAGGUACACAAAUUGACUAAGUGAAUGAGUGAUUCUUCUUUUUUGAGAGGGGUUAGACUACGAAAAAAGUUUUGUUUUAAAAAAUGAAAUUCGGGAAGGGGUGCUAUUUGUAUUCAGUUUCCAAGCGACACGGGUUGAGAAUGGUACUAUUCCCAUUGGUGUCGACGCACUCACGUAGAAUUGUCUACGGUCAAGUAAAGGAUUGAUUCCUACGUUCUAGCUAUUCAAGGCUAAAUUAUUAUAUGUGUAAGAUGAUUACAUUGUUUGUGUGAUAUUUCAAAAAAGAGAUAUGUUAAUGCUUAUGCAUAAUCUGUGGACAAAGGUUUCUUUGGGAGAAAGGUUGUACACAUUUGUACAUUUAUAUGAAAAAGCUACCGUUCUGUAUCUGUACAUAUAUAUAUAGAUAUACGAGAGACAUUUCUAUGGCAUAUGAUUGAGUAUCUAUAUACAUGGUAUCGUAGCGAUAAAUGGACAUUGUGGAUCAGUGUUCUAUCGUGUUGCUAAGUGUAUUUUGUCGUCAUACAAAUGCAUUUAUAUUAAAGUGCACUUA